GAUCCUGGGGAGGGCGGGGCGUUUUCUGUGGGAGGGGUUUAACCCCAGAAGUCUGACUGGUCUACAAGAGGGCGUGGCUGAGAGGCGGGGCCAAAAGAACCCAUGGCAGGAAUACAACUACCUUCAGCAGACCAACACGGCUGAGUAUAAUACUCUACUGGAGACGCUGCACUCCCUCAAGGAGAAAGGAACAGGAAACUCAAGCUUAUUGGCUGAGACUCGCGGCGCUCUGACGCGUCUGAACCAGCAGUCCAAUCAGCUGGCGUUUGACUCCGUGUUCCUGCAAAUCAAGCAGCAGCUUUUCCUUCUCAACAAACCACAGGGUCGCGGCUCUGCUAAUUUGAGUCAAACGCUAACUGAUGAUCUACCGGCCUUCAGUUUGUCACCGCAGGAGUACAUCACUAAUAUCGGUCAGUAUAUCAUGUCUUUGCCUCUGCAUUUGGAGCCGUUUGUGACUCAGGAGGAUCCAGCACUGGAACUGGCGCUACACACUGGCAAACUGCCGUACCCUCCAGAACAAGGCGAUGACGUCCCUGAGCUGGAGAACACGGCGGAUUAUUGGCUGGGUUCUAUCGCCAGGGCGACCAUGCAGACCUAUUGUGAUGUCAUCCUGCAGCUUCCUGAGCUCAGCCCGCAUGCAACCAAACAGCUG